AACAUAAGAAGUUAAACGGGAAAACUAAUUUAAAAAUUAUUACAUUAUAGAUUUAGAAAUAUGAGAAGUUUUACCUAAUACAAAUGUUAUAUAGGAAGCUAGAAGGCAAAGUAGCACUCAUCACAGGAGGAGCAAGUGGGAUUGGCAAAGCAACAGCCGGAAAAUUCAUCAGCCAUGGAGCCAAAGUUAUCAUUGCCGAUAUCCAACCACAGAUUGGGCGAGAAACCGCGCAAGAACUCGGUCCCAGUGCUGCUUAUUUCCCAUGCGAUGUGACCAAAGAAUCAGACAUUGCUAACGCAGUUGACUUCGCUAUAUCGCUCCAUACAAAGCUCGACAUUAUGUACAACAAUGCUGGUAUUCCCUGCAAAACGCCUCCUAGUAUCGUGGAUCUUGAUCUCAAUGUUUUUGACAAGGUAAUCAACACAAAUGUCCGUGGAGUCAUCGCGGGAAUCAAACAUGCUGCUCGUGUGAUGAUCCCACGUAAUUCUGGAUCCAUCAUUUGUGCAGGGAGUGUCACGGGGAUGAUGGGCGGUUUAGCACAACAUACUUACAGCGUCUCAAAAUCCGCUGUUAUCGGAAUUGUAAGAUCAACAGCUUCAGAACUAUGCAAGCACAGGAUCCGGGUCAACUGCAUCUCUCCUUUUGCAAUCACAACAUCAUUCGUGAUGGAUGAGAUGCGACAGAUUUACCCCGGUGUUGAUGACUCAAGGCUGAUCCAGAUAGUGCAAAGCACAGGAGUGUUAGACGGAGAGGUUUGUGAACCGAGCGAUGUAGCUAAUGCAGCGGUUUAUCUCGCUUCCGAUGAUUCAAAGUAUGUAAAUGGGCAUAAUCUGGUGGUUGAUGGAGGAUUCACAAGUGUUAAGACGUUAGAUUUCCCUGCACCCGACCAAGUGAAGUAACAAAACUCAGAUUCAUAAUUUACA